ACUGUUGAUCGAAAACAAGUCCGUCGACGAGGCUUAUCGGCUCUAUUUAUUUCGAGAAUUGAGAAAUUGCAGCAGUUGCAGGGCAGGGGUCUAUAUGUCUUAAUUGUGAUUGAAUCCGGUGAUUCACUCAGCGCCUUGCAUUAGUGUAAACGAAUUUUUAAUGUGAAAAUGGACUGGAGUCAAUUUACGCCGCUGAUUCUGUUCCUCACCGGAGUUUCCAAUGUGUUGCUGCUGAAAUGGGCCGAUCGAAUGCACUCGGAAGGAAUUGAUGGCGUGUUGCGAAACUUCCAGCAUCCGUUCAUACAGACGGGCUGCUUGUUCUUCGGCCAAUUUCUUUGUUUUUUGAUGUACGAAAUAACAUUCAAAUUACUGCGUCGGAGACAGGAUGGCUCCGAAGAAAGGAAUAUUCUUACAAUUGGCAAUGAAGAUUACAGCCCACGAGUUUUUAUGGUUGCUACAAUUUGUGAAGUUAUAGCUUCAAUUCUCCUUUUCACUGGACUCUACCUUACGACAGCUUCUAGUUAUAUGAUGUUACAAUGUGCUGUGAUAAUAUUCGUUGGAAUAUUCAGUGUGACUUAUUUAAAUCAGACAUUGAGUUGUUACCAAUGGAUCGGAAUAUUGGUACUAGCUUCCGGUGCCGGUUUUAUAACGGUGAACGAUUACUAUUUAUAUAAAUCAAAUUCAGUUCUUACAGGCGAUUUGUUAGUCUUGUGCUCAUUAGUAUUCCAUGGAAUAAAAUAUAUCCAAGAGGAGAAGUAUAUUAAAGUGCUCGACAUCCCGCCAUUGCGAGCAAUUGGUUGGCAAGGUGUUUUUGGGCUAUUCAUUUUAACUGUUUUAUACGUUCCCUUGAACUUCCUAAAAGCCGGACCACCAUUUGGCAACAAUGCACAUGGGGUCGUUGAAGAUUUUCUUGACGCGAUUGCCCAAAUGGCCAAUAAUUUCCUUAUUGUGUUGGCUCACUGUCUCUUCAUAGCCUCGGUGGCGAUUCACAAUUACUGUGGAGCACGAAUAACGAAAGACAUUUCGAGCGCUGCACGGGUUCGUUAUAAUACUCUGAUAGCUAUACUGGUUUGGUCGUUUGCAUGUUUCUUUGAAUGGGAAAUGUGGGAUGCUUGGAAAUUUGUGAUCCUUUUGUUGAUUUUAUGUGGCGGUUGGAUCUAUCGGAAUUGCUAUUUUGUACCAAUGUAUCGGCAAGUUUUGAGAGUUUAUGCAAGACGACGAAAUGGAGACAACCAAGCAGACCAGAUUACGAAUCAACCGGCUGAUGUAAUUUAGAUAUGUUUUUUUUUCAGUUUCCUUUGUCAGUUUAGAUAUUAUCGUGAUUGUGAUUGGCUUUGAAUAAGUAUUGAUAUUUUAACCGAAUUGCGAGGAUUUUAUAACGAUAAGGCUGCGUAUUUAGCAAUGAAUAGACGAACAGAAGCGUUUGGAAAAGAAUUGUAAUGUUUUUAGUAUUUAGGAGAAAAUUGUAUACUGUUUUACCGAAAUAAAAGUUAUAAUGAACAUAA